AUGCUUGUUACCAGGCAACCUGAUACGGAGUCAAGCCAUUGGUCCAGCAAGUACCAGACCUUACUGCACAAGCCCACAAGCCCACGAAUGUCGAACUUUGAGGGCCCGCUGUCAUCACAGCCCGAGUGGCAGGGCCAUUACUCGUACCUCCCUCCUGGUGAGCCCAACAUCUUUGGUCAACCAUUCCAGCAGACUAGCAAUACUGCUGCACUGCCUCGCCCAUCCAGUACUACCAACACUGUGGAUGAGCAAGCAGGUCGGUCUGGACCGGCUACGGCAAGCUCUCCAUCGGCCCACGCUGAGUCUCAAGGUCGCCGGGCGCCGAAACUUGAAUCGCCUGUCAACGACGCGACGGAAACACGAGUUGCGAUAAACGGCAUCAAAGCCGAGAAUGUACAGGAGGAAGCAUCCGUGAUAGCUACUCCUAUCGAGCCAACAAGUUUGAACGCUCAGAGCUCUAGUUCCUCAACGGGACACGCUCGGGACAAUACCCAAGCGCAGAGUGGAAAUGAUGAUACGAUUCUAAGCAAGGACGAAGAUGACGAAAUCGUUGAUGACGAUGACAUGUUGGAUGUCGAAGGUGAUGGUGAUGGCGAGACGGGUAGGCCAAUGACAGCGGCAGAGCGCACAGCCGCCAGAAGAAAGAUGAAGCGUUUCCGCUUGACUCAUCAGCAGACCCGCUUUCUGAUGAGCGAGUUUGCAAAGCAGCCCCAUCCAGAUGCAGCGCAUCGCGAACGGUUGUCGAGAGAGAUUCCUGGACUUAGUCCGAGACAGGUGCAGGUUUGGUUCCAGAACAGACGUGCGAAGAUAAAGCGUCUUACAGCUGACGACCGGGACCGCAUGAUCAAGAUGCGCGCUGUCCCUGAUGACUUUGAUAACGUCCAGGCUCUUCACUCUCCCUAUGGUGCAGUGCACACUAUCAACACUCCUAUGACCCCUCCCGUAGACUUUGGUGCACAGUCAUACGCGGAGCAUAUGAUGCGGCCAUUGAUGCUGGAUACCAUUAGAAGGAAUGACGGAGACGCCAAUAUGUCUCCCACUGGAAUGAGCUCGUCCUACGGCAGCAUGGGGUAUGCACCUUCUGGGGCCAUGAGCACGCCGGACAUGCUGUCGCCCAUGUCGGCUACAUCCAAUGACCGUGGUUAUUAUUCUAGCCACUUGGCUAGCCCAUUGAGCAGUGGUCCUAGGACAUCGAACCCCUUUGCGCGACAGAGCAGCCUUGACACUGGUUUACACAUGCAGUCAAGGCAACAAAUCCGGCCGUUGCAGCCACUGCAGCUUAGGGAGACUAUGUCGAGAUCCAGGUCGGACAACCUUCAAUCGCCUCUUCGAUCAAGCAUGUCCUGGAAGGGCGACAAUCUUGACUAUGGCUACCAAAAUAACAAUACAAGCCAGUCGGUUUACCAUGAACAAGCUAGUUCGAGCUCAUAUGAGUCUGGAUCUUAUUCUGCUGGAGCAAUCCAAUCUUCGCCCACACACAUCAACUACUCUAGUUUGCCGGCGACCCUCCAGCACCCUCCGCAAAAUUCUCGUCUUCGAGCUGCCACAGCCACGCUUCCGCUUAAUCUAGAUCUACGAACGCAACAAUAUCGAUCGGUAUCAUCGGCCCACAACAUACACGGUGCUGGACCAGCAACACCGAGGGCUACCUCGGCCGCUCCAUACUCUACGGCAUACACAUCUAGCUUCCCUUCCGCACCAUUGACGGCUCCAAUUGACUUUGCGCAGCCCAGAACGCCUGGUAUCAGAGGUGUUCAGGAGUACUCCAUACCUCAGAUGAGCGCACCGAUUGCUCCGCCGCAUGAUUUCUCCCGUGCCCUUCACGGGCAUAUUGCUAGUCACAGCACGAGAACUCCCAUGAGAGAUUCUUUUGGUCACUCGUCUCACGGCCAAAACUCGGAGAGGUCAGACGAGUAUGCUCGCGACAGCUAUGGAAUGCAGCGAAAGCGCAGUUUCAGUGGUGGCCCAAACCCUCAAGCUUACCCUCACACAUCCUAA